CUAUAAUUCAACCUCCGCCCGCUUGGUAUCGUGGCGAAUUUGUAAAGGAAAAUCAUUUGAAAGAGGACCAACAUUGUAGACCGAACAGGCGUGUCGGACAAGGUCGAAACCCUAACACUUGAUUCUUUUAGCACUGAUACAGGCAUUGGAGUUGAGCAAUCGGAGGAAUGGCGUCCUUCUCGGAGGCACCGCCAGGCGAUUCGAAGGCCGGCGAGAAGAUCUUCAAGACCAAGUGCGCGCAAUGCCACACGGUGGAGAAAGGGGCAGGACACAAGCAAGGUCCUAAUUUGAAUGGCCUUUUUGGAAGGCAAUCUGGUACUACUUCUGGUUAUUCUUACUCAACGGCUAAUAAGAAUAUGGCCGUGAUCUGGGAGGAGUCAACGUUGUAUGACUAUUUGCUUAAUCCCAAGAAGUACAUACCUGGCACAAAGAUGGUCUUUCCGGGUCUAAAGAAGCCACAGGAGCGUGCAGAUCUUAUUGCUUAUCUCAAGGAGUCUACCUCAUCUUGAAACCCUGGAAGAACUUGAUUUACCACAACAGUGAUUUUUUGAAGACCAAUAAAAUUUCGAUUCAUUUUCAGUCAGUUUUCAUAUUAUUUGACACUUCUUAAGUCCAAAAUAACUUAACAGCAUACCACUUACUCUUGCAUCGUUUGUGCCAUUCUCUUGCAGAUGUAAGGCUUCAUGAUCCCUUUUAUAUCUUUAUUAAUACGUUGGAUCUGCCAUGUUAUAAUUGCUAGAAUGUUAAGGAACUUGGUUCUACUCUUCUUUUACAUGCUUGUUGUCUUUCUGAGUUUUUCGUUUUUUCAAAGUUUAUGGAGUUGAGGGAGCU